AGAACAUCAAAAACAUCCACCACCCCUACUCUGUGAAGGAAAUGGUAUCGUCCCAACAUGGCAGCCUCCGUGUUGCAACGCUGCUUGGCUCUAGCUGUCAAAGUUAACUGUAAAUCCCCGGGUUUCACAGCAAGAAGAUGGUUGCUCUCAGCUGCUUAUACAGACAACAAACUGUGGGAGGGAAGAGAGAAGGAUCCUCAAAACCUGGCUGUUUUGGCCAGCAUCAUGGACAGAACAUACGACAGGAAGCUCGCAGUCAGCUCUCUGACUGUUUCACGGUUUGUCGACAACAUAUCAUCUAGAGAGGAAAUCGAUCAAGCAGAAUACUACCUUUACAAGUUUCGUCAUAGUCCAAACUGCUGGUACCUCAGAGACUGGACGGUUCACAGUUGGAUCAGACAAUGUCUCAAAUACGGGGCCAAGGAUAAAGCACUGCACACACUCACAAACAAGGUUCAGUAUGGAAUUUUCCCCGAUGACUUCACCUUCAACCUGCUCAUAGAUUCUUACAUCAAGGACGAAGACUUCAAAAAUGCGUGCGCUGUAGUUGAAGAAGUGAUGCUUCAGGAGGCAUUUGACCUCCCCUCCACACAGAUCCUCUCUUUGUACGCUCUGGGCAACUACCUAGCAACCAAACCCCAGCUCACUGUGGCAGAGGAAAGGGCACUGGGAGCAUCGCUGCUGCUUGUCGGACUCAAGCAAGACAACACCGUCGGCUUCACAGCUCAGCUUAUUGGCAAUGCCCUUUUAGGCAAGGUGGAGAUGCUGAAGGGCAUACACACUGUGUUCAGGGGGAUGCCGCUUAUCUGGACUCACGGAUAUCUGGACCGAGCCCUGGCAGUCAUGGAGAGAGCGGCUGCUGUGCCUGCUGAUGUCAAGAUAUGCAAAGACACACUGGACUUUGUGAAUGAUUUGCUGCAGGAUCUGUCCUCUGCCUCCGACUCAGACUCCUCUGGAGGGGAGGAGUCAGAUGGAGAGGACAGGAAAGACGGAGAUGCGGUAGAUGAGGACGAUCAGGCGGAACAGGCUAAGCUCCCUCACUAUGCCAGCAGGUUCAAGGAGCUGAGCAGCCAGCUGGAGGCUGUGGGUAAAGUGGACGCUGCUUCCUUCCAGGCUUUAGUAUCUGCUCUGGCUCAGCAGAGCCUGGCUGCGGCUGAGAAGCCUGACUUGGAGCAGUACGAGAGCAGGAUGCAGGCCUGGGAGGCUGAGAACAGGCAGCUGAUCCAGAGAGAGAAAGAGAUGAGAGAGAAAGCAGAGCAGGAGAGACAGGUGCGCUUGGCUGCCAAGGCUGCACAGCAGAUGUAGAGAAACUGUCAGAGAUGAAAUGAUAAACCUUAGAUCAGUGAAAGCAUUGUCCGUUGACUAUACACAUUGAAAUAAUGUAUGUCUAAAUAUUAUCUAAACUGUCAACUGGUCAUGUCAAAGAUCUUACUUUUGUAUAUAUCAUUUACUGUGUGUUUCCAUGAUCAUCGAUAGCCCAUUUUCAUGUCUUUUCUCAUCAAUUAUUUUGGGCAAAUUAAAAUAUUCUGUUGUCAAAAUAAAUUUCAUUUUCACUUCUUUCUUAUCAGA